AUGUUAUAUCUUAUUGGAUUGGGAUUGUCGUACGAAAGCGACAUCACUGUCAGAGGAUUGGAAACCGUGAAGAAAUGUAAAAGAGUCUACCUUGAAGCCUACACAUCCAUUUUGAUGGCUGCCAACAAGGAAUCCCUUGAGUCAUUCUACGGAAGAGAAGUUAUUCUUGCCGACAGAGAGUUAGUUGAAACCGGGUCUGAUGAUAUCUUAAAGGAUGCCGACACCGAGGACAUUGCAUUUUUGGUUGUUGGUGAUCCGUUCGGUGCCACCACCCAUACCGACUUGGUGAUCAGAGCCCGUGAGCUUGGCAUCCAGGUCGAGACCAUCCACAAUGCCUCUGUCAUGAAUGCAGUUGGUGCCUGUGGAUUGCAAUUGUACAAUUUCGGACAAACCGUGUCGUUGGUGUUCUUCACCGACUCCUGGAAGCCAGACUCGUUCUACCCGAAGAUCAUGGAGAACAGGAAAAUCGGAUUGCACACAUUGUUGUUGUUGGACAUCAAGGUCAAGGAGCAGAGUAUUGAAAACAUGGCUCGUGGAAGAUUGAUCUACGAACCACCAAGAUACAUGGACAUUGCCACCGCCUGUCAACAAUUGUUGGAGAUUGAAGAGGCCAGACAAGAACAAGCAUACACACCAAACACCCCGUGUGUGGCUAUUUCAAGAUUGGGAUCACCAACACAAACAUUCAAGGCGGGUACUUUACAAGAGCUCAGUGAGUAUGACUCCGGCGAACCGUUGUAUUCAUUGGUUAUGCUUGGAAGACAAGUUCAUGACUUGGAGUUGGAAUACUUGUACCAAUUUGUUGACGACAAGGAGAAGUUCAAGCAAAUGGUGGAGCAAGACCAAGAGUUUUUCAAACCACCGCCAUAUGUUCCUCCAGAAGAAGACGAUAGUGAGUAA